UUCAAUAAUAUGCAGUACAACCUACCUCCUUGGUCCGUCAGCAUCCUCCCCGAUUUUAGAAAUGUCGUCUUUAAUACAGCAAAAGUUGGAGUGCACACAUCUCAGAUGCAAAUGAUGCCCACAAGCACUCAAAUGUUCUUGUGGGAGAGUUUUGAUGAAGAUCCUUCUUCUAUGGAUGACCGCUCCACAAUUACUGUUUCUGGUCUCUUGGAACAAAUAAAUGUUACACGAGAUACAAGUGAUUACCUUUGGUAUACAACUAGAUUUUGUGCUUACAAGGAUCUGCUGAUGGACCAGAAAAGUAUGUGGCAAUCAUGAAUUCAAUAUUCUCUGCGCAGCACUCAACAGUCCCUAUAGAUUCUUGUUAUAUUGGUUCUAACAAUUCCGUAUUCCUCCAACAGGUGAUUAAAUAAUACAAAUGGAUGUUGAAUGAUUUGGUGUUGCAGUUACUGAUAUCUUAUAUUGGCACUAAAUUUUUUUUAUAACAUGAAUAACACAGGCUUCGUACAUAACCGGUGGCAUAUAUUACACGCCUUUGCAGCUAUUCUGUUGAACCAGUAUUUUGUCUUUGGCACCACACCAAUAAAAGACUUGGUUAGGCAAAUGGAGUACACACUUUGGUAUUUUGGUUUAAACAUGU